CACUUGGCCGGUGGCGGGGGGACCAUGGCUUUGAAGGACACGGGCAGUGGCGGCAGCACCAUCCUGCCCAUUAGCGAGAUGGUCUCCUCGUCCAGCUCGCCGGGCGCGUCUGCGGCCGCCGCCCCGGGGCCCUGUUUGCCCUCGCCCUUCCCCGAGGUAGUGGAGCUCAAUGUGGGAGGCCAGGUCUAUGUGACCAAGCACUCGACGCUGCUCAGCGUCCCGGACAGCACUCUGGCCAGUAUGUUCUCGCCCUCCAGCCCCCGGGGCGGCGCCCGACGCCGCGGAGAGCUGCCCAGGGACAGCCGGGCGCGCUUCUUCAUCGACCGGGACGGCUUCCUCUUCAGGUACGUGCUGGAUUAUCUGCGGGACAAGCAGCUCGCGCUGCCCGAGCACUUCCCCGAGAAGGAGCGGCUCCUGCGCGAGGCCGAGUACUUCCAGCUCACCGACCUGGUCAAGCUGCUGUCGCCCAAGGUCACCAAGCAGAACUCACUCAACGACGAGGGCUGCCAGAGCGACCUGGAGGACAACGUCUCCCAGGGCAGCAGCGACGCGCUACUGCUGCGUGGGGCGGCCGCAGCCGCGCCCUCGGGCCCGGGAGCGCAAGGCGCGGGCGGCGGCGGCGCGCCGGACAAGCGCUCGGGCUUCCUCACGCUCGGCUACCGCGGCUCCUUCACCACGGUGCGAGACAACCAGGCGGACGCCAAGUUCCGGCGUGUGGCGCGCAUCAUGGUGUGCGGGCGCAUCGCGCUGGCCAAGGAGGUCUUCGGGGACACGCUCAACGAGAGCCGCGACCCCGACCGGCCGCCCGAGAAGUACACGUCCCGCUUCUACCUCAAGUUCACCUACUUGGAGCAGGCGUUCGAUCGCCUGUCGGAGGCUGGCUUCCACAUGGUGGCGUGUAACUCCUCGGGCACCGCCGCCUUCGUCAACCAGUACCGCGACGACAAGAUCUGGAGCAGCUACACCGAGUACAUCUUUUUCCGACCACCUCAGAAAGUAGUGUCACCUAACCAAGAACAUGAAGAUAGGAAACAUGACAAAGUCACAGAUAAAGGAAGUGAAAGUGGGACUUCCUGUAAUGAGCUCUCCACUUCCAGCUGUGACAGCCACUCAGAGGCCAGCACUCCCCAGGACAACCCACCCAGUGCCCAGCAGGCAACAGCUCACCAACCCAACACCUUAACAUUGGAUCGCCCUUCCAAAAAGGCACCUGCGCAAUGGAUGCCCCCACCAGACAAACGCCGAAACAGUGAACUCUUUCAGACACUCAUCAGCAAGUCCCGGGAAACGAAUCUAUCCAAAAAGAAAGUCUGUGAGAAGCUAAGUGUGGAAGAAGAAAUGAAAAAGUGUAUUCAGGAUUUUAAAAAAAUCCACAUUCCAGAUUAUUUUCCAGAGCGCAAACGCCAGUGGCAGUCUGAACUGUUGCAGAAGUACGGCUUAUAGUAAUCGUCACGUUCCUGCCGUGUUUCAGUGACGUUCGAUGUUUACUACAGCGUUGCCGCCUGACUAUAUCCUAACAAUGGUCAGUGUGAUUCUUGCUGCUCUUCCUUUUUGUGAACAGUGGACGUGGGACAGUCUUUUCUUUCAUUCUUUUUUGUUGUUGUUGUUUUUAGAAAUAGGAUUUUGAAGAAAGAAUAAAAAACAAAUGUGAAUUCAAAAUGGCAUAUCUGAUUCAAACCAUUUUGCAAGAAUGAAAGUAAAAUGUGCAUGAUCAAGAAGCUUCGAAUCUUGGUGUUUUGAACUGUGGUCGACCGGAUAUGUUUGUCAUUUUGUAACUCGCCGAAAACAAAUCGUCGUGUCGCUCCAACGAAAAUGACAACAUGGGUGAAGCAACAUCGAGUGAAAUGUUCGAUGAUGGUUUGGGGGACCCAAAUCCAAAACUGUUUAAAUGUUAAUGCAAUAAAACAAGUUAUUAUUUUUGCAUGAACACAAUGUAACAAAUAAAUCACAAGACGUAGGGAAGAUUUGUUUAUUGCUUGGAAAGAAAAAAUUACAAAAAAAUUAAGAAAAAAAAAGUGUUUUAGGCAAAGCCUGUAAAUGUAAACUGUCUAGGAGAUUGAUUUUAUUUGUUCUGGAUCUGUGAUAUUUUUGUGUAUGUGUAUGGUGUCCUGUAUGUUCAGAUGGUGUAAAUAUGCCUUAUGCUGUUGUGUUAUGGCACUGACAUUCAUCUAUUAAUGCUAGUCAUGAUUAUUUCUGUGAAAUGAGUCCUUACAUCAGGCUGUGAAAAUUGGUCUAAUGAUGCUCUGAAAGAUCCUAUUAUCGUGUUAAUCAAAAUAAUUGAGGGAAAUGGUAAAAAGCUUUAUGUAUUUAUUAAAAAAAGGAAAAUAUAUUAGAAUUCCUCGAUUUCUGUUGACUCUUCUUUAAAAAUACUCAAUUAUCACGUUGUCCUCCAUGUUCCUUUAAAAUCCCAAGCUGGAGAAUGAUAUGUUCAACUGUAAUGUUGACAAGUUAGAAUUUUAACAUAAUUCAAAAUGGAUAUAGAGUCCAAUCCAGAUAGCCCUGGGAUUGAUUAAUAAACCCUUAACCCACAAGAGAAAAAGACUUCAGUUGAGAAUGCACUAAACUUCUAGUCUGGCUGACAACCAGAUUGAAAGCUUCUCUAAAAACAAUUGGGAAGUUACCUCCUACAAAUUAAGAGACAAAAAUGUCAAUAGCAAGUGGAAAGUUUAGCCUGAAUGACAAAAGCUUUCUUCCUGAUUGCAUGUAUGGAAAUGAGCUUUCUUACCACAGGCUAUAGUUUUUGCCUCACCAUCCCUACAGAAAGAAAUACAUAAUAUGAAAUUUCACUAAGAAAGAGGCUGAGAGAGAAGGUAAAAAUAUCUUCAAGAAUUGUAGAGGUCCACCUCUGUGGUGGGUUAAAACAAAAGUUGAGUAGCACUGGUAUUUCUUUAAUACUACAAGGAGAUAAGCAUUAUUAACUCAAAAACGUUUUAAUCUACAUACAUUUUUAGGUAUUCUUAGAUGUCUCAAUCUACUAUUAUAUAAAAUACCAUCUACAGUGGACUAUUAAAGAAAACACAGAUAUGUGAUUGAGCUUGAAUUAACUAUCAGGCUUUCAAGAAAGAGCUACUCUCAAAUUCUGCAUUUCCUUUUGGGAAGGUUGGGAGUCUUUCCAAGGCCUGAUAUGGCUGUAACAUGCUGGUUAAAUGAAAAAAGUUGGUGAUUGGAUUGGCACAGAUCAAAUCCCACCUCUACCACUUAUGACCUGUGUGAUCUUAGGGAUAAUGGGGAUGAUAUUAUUAUAAAGAAGACUUAAAUGAUGUAAUUGAAGAAAAGCAUCACUACUACCGCUCUUGGAGAUAGAGGGAAAAGGGGAAGUGGUGGUCUUACUAGAAUCCAGGAACCAAGGCUAACAGAUGGAGAACUUGGAAUACAGAUGAACAAGUUGUCCAGUAAGAACUCUAGCCACUAAAGAGUCACGAUCACUUCCACAGAUGUCUCCCAAAACAAAAAGGAAGGGGAGGGAGGUGCAUGAUCUUAGCUUCCCAAUAUCCCAGCAGAUGUUUUCCAUUGUUCUAAUAUGAAUGGAAACCAGUUGGUAAAGGAGCCUUGGAAAUAUAAUUUAUAGAGGUGAUCCCCUUGUGAUACAAAGCCCAGCAAGUGAUGGACAGCGAAUAGAUCUGAAAAACACUUUACACCCCGGUCUGUUUUUUCCCAACAUAGAACUUCAAGCAGAAUUGCAAUGGAAGGAAUUUAGUAAAUGUGGACUAUUUCAUCUAUCCUUAGGAAAUAAGAACCCAUUUCAAUAAUAGUCCAUUGAACAAUUACCAUACACCAAGUAUUUGGCUCAAAGGUUAACGACACAGUCAGA